AUGGGGCCCCCAAAGAAGGGUGCGCCCAAGGCGAACGAGGACAAGAAGCCGGCCACCAAGGCCGCAGCACCAAAGUUGACCGCCAGGAGGACAGCCACCAAAGCCUCGCCUGCCGACAACGACACCCCGGCGAAGCAGACCACCAAGCAGACGCCCAGCAAGAAGGCCCAGAAGGCAGAGGCUACUGCGAAGGCCGCAGCGUCCUCUGCCACCAAAGCACCAACUGCGCCAUUGGACCGGCCUACGUUGCCAGGCGAGACGCCGCCCAGCCAAAGGGCCAAGAGGCAAGCAACCACCGCGAAAGCGAAAGGUACCCCGGCUCCUCCUAAAGCACCAACUGCGCCUCUGGAUCGGCCUACAUUGCCAGGCGAGGAGCCGCCUAGCCAAAGGGCCAAGAGGAACGAAGCUGCUGCGACAGCCACAGGCACUGCCGCCCCGAAAGCAACAAAAGCGCCUCCGGUCAGGCCUAAGCAGCCAGCCGAGACGCCUCAGCAACGCGCCAAUACCUCCCGAAAGCGCAGGUCGUCGUCCAUCGACGAGGAGGAGGAGGAAGAGGUUGAACCCGUUGCCACCCGCACUGCCAGCAAGAAGAUCAAGACGGGCUCUAGCAACUCUAAGCGGAAGGCUACUGCUGAUGCUAACAAGCGACCCUUAAAGGUCGCGAAAGUAGAACAAGACGAGCAAGAGUAUGACCCGGUCGAUUCCGCGAACCCCAGGCGCAAGCCCGCUGCCAAGAAGGCCGCCAACAGCAAAGCGAAGACUCCAGCUUCGAGGGCCACCGGCACUGCUAAUGCGACCGGUCGCAAGCCCGCGGCCUCGAAGGUCGAAAAAGUCGGAAAGGUCAAAAAGGCGCCGGCUGCGAAGUUGCAGACUGGUGUCCAGAUCAACUUUGCACCAACCCAACCUCUCGAUAUCUUCGUCUUUGGCUCUGGCGAGUCUGGCGAGCUCGGCCUAGGCAACAAGAAGAUCGACGGAAAGAAGCCUGUCAACGUGAAGCGACCCAGAAUCCACCCUUUCCUGUCUGCCGAAGCUGUUGGUGUCGUUCAGAUCGCCUGCGGCGGAAUGCACUCUGUCGCCCUUACUAAGGACAACAAGAUCCUUACCUGGGGCGUCAAUGACCAAGGCGCACUCGGCCGCAAUACUGCCUGGGACGGCGGCCUUCGUGAUGCGGACGCCGAGGACGACGACGACGACGGAGAUGACUUCGAGGCGCUGAACCCUAUCGAAUGCACCCCUGCAGAGGUCAGCACAAAGAACAUUGUUAACGGUACUAAGUUCGUCAAGGUCGUCGCGAGUGACAGCGCCUCAUUUGCCUUGACCGAGGACGGUCGCCUCUACGGAUGGGGUACUUUCCGCUCAUCCGAUGGUAUUCUGGGGUUCACCAAGGAUACCCUGGUUCAAUAUGAGCCUGUUUUCCUUCCGGACUGCAAGAAGAUUGUGGACAUCGCUGUCGGCAACAACCACGUCAUGACUCUUGACAACAAGGGCAAGGUCGAGACAUGGGGCGCUCCUGAGAUGAACCAGCUGGGCCGCCGCGUGGUCCAGCGCGACAUGAAGGCCUCUGCCCUGCGACCUGGCGGUCUCUCGUUCAAGCGCGGCAUCAAGAUUGUCAAGAUCGCCUGUGGCUCCUACCACAGCUUCGCCAUUGACGACCUUGGGCGUCUCUACGCAUGGGGUCUGAACAACUACGGAGAGCUUGGCCUUGACGAAAACGUCGGCGAGGACGCGGCCGCCGUCCUUGAGCCCACCCUCAUCGAGUCCCUCACUGAUUACGGCAUCGCCGAGGUCGCUGGCGGCGAGCACCACUCCAUCGCCUGCACCGAGGACGGCAAGCUCCUGGUCUGGGGCCGCAUCGACGGCAAGCAGACCGGCCUGACUGCGGACAAGUUCAACAACGACAAUGCCAUCUACGACGACCAUGAGAAGCCCCGCAUCCUGACGGUCCCCACGGUCCACGAGGGCUUCCCCUCUGUCGUCUCUGUCGCCUGCGGGACGGACAAUUCCUUCGCCAUCACCCAGGACGGCAAGGCCUAUUCCUGGGGCUUCUCUGCCAACUACCAGACCGGCCAGGGAGAGCAGGAUGACGACGUCGAGGUCCCCACACUGAUUGACAACUCUGCCGUCCACGACAGGAAGAUCCUGUCUGCCGGGGCCGGAGGACAGUUUUCGGUGCUGACAAGCAUCCACCAGAAUGCCUGA